GAGCAGGCAGAUCUGAUGACUUGUCUUCCCACUGGGGCUCAUACAGUACAGGGCUGGGUGCUGGAUGGGUUUCCCUGCACAAGAGAGCAGGGUUUACUGCUACAGAUGAAUGGCUCCUCUCCUGAUCAUGUUGUGUUGCUGGAAGCCCCAGAUAUUGUCCUUAUUGAGCGAAAUAUGGGAAAGAGAGUUGACCCCACUACUGGAGAGGUCUACCAUACAACCUUCGAUUGGCCAGAUGACCCAGAAGUUCAGAAAAAUUUAGUGGAACCAGAAGGAAUCUCAGAGGAGGAAACCGGGCAG